AUGCCAUACACGCUGACCGUCGAGUCACUUAACCCGGCUAUUCUUGAUGUCGAGUACGCCGUGCGCGGCGAGCUCGCUAUUAAGGCCGAGCAGUAUCGCAACCGUCUCAAGGAGGACAACCACGGUCUGCCAUUCACUAAGGUCAUUUCGUCCAACAUCGGCAACCCACAGCAAAAGGGUCUGGAUCAGCCCUCACUUACGUUCCCAAGACAAGUCGCUGCCCUCACAGAGUGGCCCAAGCUCUUGGACUUGGCGCCCCAGGUCUUCCCAGAAGAUGUCAAGGCUCGCGCACGAGAAUUGUUGGAGGAAAUUGGCUCCAUCGGCGCCUACUCCCACAGUCAAGGCGUCCCCCUCAUUCGCAAGCAUGUUGCCAGGUUCAUUGAAGAGCGUGACGGUUACCCAUCCAACCCUGAUCAUAUCUUUCUAACCGCUGGUGCCUCCUUCGGCGUUUCUCUAUUAAUCGAGAUGCUGAUCACUCCGCCAAAAUCCGGUAUCCUCAUUCCUAUUCCGCAGUACCCAUUAUACACGGCGUCUCUCGCUCAGCACUCUGGCAUACCGCUCCCAUACCAUCUUGACGAGUCAUCGGGAUGGUCUACGUCUCUUCACGAAAUCGAGGAGGCCCUAGAAAAAACGAAGAAAGAUGGGAUCAACGCCCGAGCUGUCGUCGUGAUCAACCCGGGCAAUCCAACUGGCGCGUUGCUCGACUACCCUACGCAGGAAAAAAUCGUUCAUAUCUGCGAGAAGUACGGACUGGCCCUCCUUGCCGAUGAGGUCUACCAACACAAUCUGCACAUGCCCGAACAGCAUACCUUCACGUCUUUCAAGAAGGUUGUUCGUGACCUGCAAUCCAACAUCCCACUCUUCUCGUUCCAUUCUAUAUCCAAGGGUGUUUAUGGCGAAUGCGGCCGCCGAGGGGGUUACUUCGAAUGUACCAACAUCCCCGAAGAGAUCGUCUCGCUCAUCUACAAGAUGGUCAGUGUUGGGCUUUGUCCACCUUUGCCGGGACAGAUCGGAGUGGACUGCAUGGUUCGCCCGCCCAAAGAGGGCGACGAAAGUUACUCGCUGUGGAAACAAGAAACGGAUGCGAUUCACAAGGCGCUCGCGGACCGUACGAGGAUGAUGGCGGAGAGGUUGAACAAACUUCCCGGGGUAUCAUGUGUACACUCUCCCGGAGCGUUGUACCUGUAUCCCAAGCUCGAGCUGCCGGAUGCGGCCGUAGAAGCGGCGAAGAAAGCAGGCAAGAAGCCUGACGACUUCUAUGCACUCAGGCUCCUGGAUCGUACGGGCAUUUGCGUCGUGCCUGGGUCAGGUUUCGGUCAAAAGCCUGGCGAGAGUCAUUAUAGGUUGACGUGUUUGUGUCCCGGUGUUGAGGAGUAUGUUGGGGCUUUGGAAAUGUUCCACCUCGAGUUCAUGAAGGAAUACGAUGGUCUUUAG